AUGGCGACGCACGCGAGCGCGCACGCGCCGAGAGAGACGCGAGGACGGCGAGACGGGUGUUGGGCGCUCGCGUUCGUCGCGGUCGCGGUCGCCGCGCUCGUCGUCGGUGUCGUCGCGCGCGCGACGACGCCGACGACGGGGACGAAUGUGCAGACGUGGAAGGCGCUCAGGGGGGGGGAGGCGUGCUUUUUGGGGGGAGAGCGCGCGUGGCGGGGGACGCUGGAGGCGAAUAAGGCGCGCAUAGAGGCGAGCGCGACGCGCGUCGCCGCGGCGUCGCUCGGGUUAGGGGCGGGGAAAGGGCUGGGAAAACGAUCGAGGAUGAUGAUUGGGAGCGACGUGGGGGCGGUGGAGGGAAAUUUGGGGGCGGAACAGGAAGCGGUGGACGCGGAGUCUUUGUUGCGAGCGACGUGGCCUUGGAUCGUAACCGCGCUCGUCGCGAGCGUCUUCAUGGGAAUUUUCUUGAUGCACGCGCUGAAGAAUCACUCAAAGAGCGUGGUGUGGGGAGUGAUGUACGCCAAGGUUGGUGUUCUGGCGGUCGUCACCAUCGCCUCGCUCGCGCACGGGGCGCUGCAGGUGUCGCUGUUGCUCGCGUUUCUCACCUUGCUCUCGGCUCUCGUGGUGUGGAUGUGGAGAGACGAGCUCAAUUUGGUGGCUUCUAUGAUCGCCGUGUCGACGCAGAGCCUGUCGGACAACCCACACUUGGUAUCGGUGACGAUGCUGCUGCAGCUGGGCGUCCUGGCGUACAUCUUACCCCUCGCUUGGUUCGCCGUCAGCGCGUCGCAACACGGCUCAGCCGCCAUAAACAAGUACGCCAUCGACAAAGCGACGACGGCGAACGCGUGCGUCGGGUACUACGGACAGGUGGUCGAUUGUUGCACGUGGGAGCUUGAGCACUGGGUGGGCGGGUACUUCGCCCUCGUAUUCUUCGCGGCGAUGUGGGUGUUCGCGGCGGCGCUCGAGUGCCGCAUGUACGUCGUCGGAGGCGUCGUCUCUCAGUGGUACUUCGCCCCGGCUGGGACGACCAACUUCAAGGGCACGACGAAGACAUCGCUGCGUAACGCAUUUGGGCCGUCGUUCGGUACGAUUUGCUACGGCGGUUUCGUCAUCACUGCCAUCGAAUUCCUCAAGGCGGCCGCCGAAAAGGCGCGCCGCGAAAACAGAGGAAAUCUUCUCAUGUGCUGUCUCUCGAUUUGCCUCGAGUGCAUCUACAACAUCAUCGAGUACAUCACUCGUUUCGCCAUGAUCCAAGCCUCGAUGAGUGGAGAGGCUUUCUGCGACGCCGCGAGAACCAUCGCGGAUCUGCUUCAGCGCAAUUUUCUCCUCGCGUACGGCACGUACUACUUUCCUCAAACCAUCCUGGGCACAGUCGUCCUUGUCCUCUCCGGACUUUUUGGCUACAGCAUCUACACUCUCUCCGACCUCGGCUACGCCAUCUCCGGCGACGACAAUAACUCCAAAAAUGCCAUCAUCGGCGGUUGCAUCUGCUUCGUCGUCUCAUACAUCGUCCUCACGUUCGUCGUCAUGAUUCUCCUCAACGUCGUCGACGCAGUCUUCGUCUGUUAUGCCGUGGACAAGGAUCGAUCGACGAUUCACCACCCCGAUCUCCACCAGGUCUUCAAUGACGUCACCGAACGUCAGACCGCCAAGCAACGAACCGAGCAAGAGAACGACGACGCCAACACAAAGUACUCCUCCGUGUAA